AUGUCCAGCAGCGCGUCCGCAGAGUUACAUCAGACGAAGAAGCAGAAAAUGUCGGAUGCCAGUGCUGAGAGGAUCGGUAUCGUGACUCAUAACGGCACGCAUCACGCCGACGAAGCUCUCGCUGUAGCUCUUCUUCGAUCGUUGCCGCAAUUUUCGUCCUUGCCGCUCACGCGCACCAGAGAUGCCAGCUUGAUCGACAAGGGCACCAUAGUGGUGGAUGUUGGAGCUACGUACGAGCCGGAAAGACAGAGGUUCGAUCAUCAUCAGAGAGGUUUCGAACAUACCUUUGAGAAUGGUUUCAACACCAAAUUGAGCAGCGCUGGUCUGGUUUGGAAACACUACGGCAAGGCCAUUCUCUCACAAAAGCUCUCUGAAGACGUUGAUUCGGAUCUUGUCGAUCUUCUGUGGAAGAAGCUGUACGAAGAUUUCGUCGAAGCAAUCGACGGCAUCGACAAUGGCAUCGCGCAGUAUCCUGGUCAAGCGCUGUACAAAUCCAGCACCGAUCUCUCGAGCAGAGUGGGACGUUUGAAUCCGCGUUGGAACGAGGCACUGCCGAGCGAUGCGGCGCAGAAGCAAAAGGAAGAGGAUCAGAGGUUCGAAAAAGCUUCCGCUCUAGCUGGCGGAGAAUUUUGGGAUACGCUAGAAGGGCUUAGAUUGGCUUGGUUGCCUGCUAGAGAAAUUGUGCUGCGCGCCGUAGAGGGUAGGAAAAGCGUCGAGGGGGCAGACUCGCGAGGGAGAAUCUUGGUGUUUGAUGAGUACGCGAGUUGGAAAGACCACUUGCACAAGUUGGAAGCUCAUCUCAACAUCACAGAAGCCGAGAGACCUUUGUACGUCAUCUAUCCCGACAGCUCUAGCAGCUGGAGAAUUCAAGCUGUGCCCGUCACGCCCACCUCUUUCGAAAGUCGCAAAGCUUUGCCGGAAAAAUGGAGGGGAGUCAGGGAUGAGCAGCUGGAUGGAUUGCUUGGAUUCGAGCAGGACCUCAAAGGCGCCGUCUUUGUCCACGCAAGCGGUUUCAUCGGAGGCCACAAGACGCGCCAGGGGGCACUUGCUAUGGCCAGAGCAGCUCUGGACUUGUGA